AUGAGUUGUUUAUUAUUUCCCUUUAUUUCUCAGCCUCCUCCUAGUCAGAGCCAAGGAAAGGACAUUAAAAAGAAGAAAGAAAGCGGGCCUGACAGUGAGGUGAAGAAUCCACCAAAUUUUGUGAAGGAAAGAUUGAAGCUUUUUGAAAUACUGAAGAAAGAUCAUCAGCUCUUACUUGCCAUUUAUGAAAAAAAGGGGAAUACAAGCAAUGUGAUCACAGUAAGAGUGGCUGAUGGGAAAACAGUGGAAGGGGAAGCUUGGAAAACAACACCUUACCAAGUGGCUGCUGAAAUCAGUCAGGAGCUGGCGGAAAGCACAGUGAUAGCCAAAGUGAAUGGGGAGCUGUGGGACCUGGACCGUCCGCUGGAACGGGACUCCACCCUAGAGCUGCUCAUGUUUGAGGACAAGGAAGCCCAAGCUGUGUACUGGCACUCCAGUGCCCACGUCCUCGGGGAAGCCCUGGAGCUCCACUACGGGGGCCUCCUGUGCUGCGGGCCACCUACCGACUGUGGGUUCUACUACGACAUGUUCCUCAAAGACAGGGCCGUGUGCAGCACAGAGCUGCCAGCACUGGAGAGAGCGUGCAAGGCCAUCAUCAAAGAGCAGCAGCCUUUCGAAAGGUUGGAAGUUAGCAAGGAGGCCCUGCUGGACCUGUUUAAGUACAAUAAAUUUAAAUGCCAUAUCCUGAAGGAGAAGAUUAACACGCCAAUGACCACAGUUUACAGGGAACUUCCUUUCCACACUUAAGUACUAUGGUUCUCUGACUUAAUUGUACUGUGUGGUCCACUAGUUGACCUUUGUAAAGGCCCCCAUGUAAGACACACUGGAAAAAUUAAAAAGAUAAAAAUUUUCAAGAAUUCCUCAACAUAUUGGGAGGGUAACCCUGAAAUGGAAACGCUGCAGAGGGUCUACGGGAUAUCCUUUCCUGAUGACCAGAUGAUGACAACCUGGGAGAAGCUGCAGGAGGAGACCGAGACCCAGGAUCACAGGAAGAUUGGGAAGGAACAAGAACUUUUCUUCUUCCAUGAUCUGAGUCCUGGAAGCUGUUUCUUUCUUCCCAGAGGAGCCUUUGUUUAUAAUACACUUAUGGAUUUCAUACGAGAGGAGUACCACCGACGCAGCUUCAUGGAGGUGCUCUCCCCCAACGUGUACAGCAGUAAGCUCUGGGAAACCUCUGGACACUGGCAGCAUUACGGUGACAACAUGUUCACCUUUGACAUUGACAAGGACACUUUCGCCCUUAAGCCCAUGAAUUGUCCGGGGCACUGUCUGUUGUUUGCCCAUCGUCCACGAUCUUGGAGGGAAAUGCCUAUUAGAUUUGCUGACUUCGGAGCUCUUCACAGGAAUGAGCCGUCAGGAACUUUGCGUGGCUUGACCCAUGUCAGGCGCUUCCAGCAGGAUGACGCUCACAUCUUCUGCACUGUGGAGCAGAUUGAAGAAGAAAUAAAAGGGUGUUUGCAGUUUUUGCAAUCCGUUUACUCAACAUUUGGCUUCUCCUUUCAAUUAAAUUUGUCAACAAGACCUGAAAACUUUCUAGGGGAGGUUGAGAUAUGGGAUGAAGCUGAAAAGCAACUACAGAAUAGCUUGAUGGAAUUUGGGAAACCAUGGAAGAUGAACCCGGGAGAUGGAGCAUUUUAUGGUCCUAAAAUUGAUAUAAAAAUCAAGGAUGCUAUUGGCAGAUACCAUCAGUGUGCUACAAUUCAGCUGGACUUCCAACUGCCUGUAAGAUUUAAUCUUACAUAUGUUAGUAAGGAUGGGGAUGAUAAGAAGAACCCUGUGAUCAUUCAUCGAGCCAUUUUGGGGUCAGUGGAAAGAAUGAUAGCCAUUCUCUCAGAAAACUAUGGAGGAAAAUGGCCUUUCUGGCUGUCUCCUCGUCAGGUAAUGGUCAUCCCUGUGGAGCCAACUUGUGAAAAAUAUGCACUUCAGGUAUCCACUGAAUUUUUUGAAGAAGGAUUCAUGGCUGAUGUUGACUUAGAUCAUAGUUGUACACUAAAUAAGAAAAUACAAAAUGCACAGCUGGAUCAGUAUAAUUUUAUUUUGGUGGUUGGAGAAAAGGAAAAGACAAAUAAUGCCGUAAAUGUUCGAACAAGAGACAACAAAAUUCAUGGAGAGAUUUCAGUAACUUCUGCCAUUGAUAAAUUGAAGAAUCUCAAGAAAUCACGUACCCUGAAUGCUGAGGAAGAAUUCUGA